AAGCGUCGGGUUGAUGGUGGUAAGCUUGAGGAGAGUGAAGAAGCUCAUAGCAACGGCGUCUUUCUUCAUCUCCUUCUUCCUCCUUAUUGCUGUCUUCGUCGCCUUUCAGUGGGUCGAUCAGUCCAUUUCAGCAAGCAACUGGUUACGGAACCCGUUCAGGACGAUCGGUUCGAGCCAGAGGUACUUACUAGAAUGUCCAGCUGGGAAGGAUCCGGGCCUUUGCCCCGUCGCACCGGCGCCUGUGGUUCGGACAUUCCGACCGGGUCCUGCCUGCCCCGAUUACUUCAGGUGGAUCCAUGAGGACCUCCGGCCAUGGAAGCGGAGCGGCAUCACCCGGGAGAUGGUGGAAUCUGGCCAGCGGCUCAGCCACUUCCGGCUGGUCGUCCUCGACGGCAAGGCGUACGUAGAGACGUACCGGAGGUCCUUCCAGACGAGGGAUUUGUUCACCAUUUGGGGCAUCCUUCAGCUCCUCCAAUGGUACCCCGGCCAGAUCCCGGAUCUAGACCUCAUGUUCAACUGCGAGGACGUCCCAGUGGUCCAGACCAGGUACUUCGGGGACAAAGGGCUCGUCCCUCCGCCGGUGUUUCACUACUGCGGCGACGACGCCACGCACGACGUCGUUUUCCCAGAUUGGUCCUUUUGGGGCUGGCCUGAGGUGAAUAUCAAGCCAUGGGUGCCGCUGCUGGAAGACCUAAAUGCAGGCAAUGGGAGGGUCAAAUGGAAGGACAGAGAUCCUACCGCUUAUUGGAGGGGGAACCCAGGGCUUCCUCACAGGCAGGAACUCGUCAAGUGCAACCUUUCUGAGUGGAACAUGCGCAUAUAUGUCCAGAACUGGGACGACGAAAUUCGACAUGGAUUCAAGCAAUCCAACAUGGCAGAUCAAUGCACUCACAGAUACAAAAUUUAUGUGGAAGGGAUUGCAUGGUCCGUGAGCAGGAAGUAUAUAUUGGCAUGCGACUCCCCAACUCUGUCAGUUAAGGAUCGAUACUAUGACUUCUUCUCCAGGUCCCUCAUGCCGAGCCAUCACUUUUGGCCCAUUAGUACUGAGAGCAAAUGCCCCUCCAUCAAGUUUGCAGUUGAUUGGGGGAACACCCAUCCACAGAAGGCUCAAGAGAUUGGGAAGGCAGGAAGCGGUUUCAUUAUGAAUGACUUGAAAAUGGAGUACGUAUAUGACUACAUGUUUCAUUCCCUAACUGAAUAUGCGAAGCUACUAAAAUACAAGCCCACAAUUCCUACAAACGCAAAGCAAGUCUGCUUAGAAUCCAUGGCUUGCCCCCAAAGGGGCCGUGCGCUGCAAUUCUUGAAUGAGUCGAUGGUGAAACACGCACGAGAUGAAGGUCCUUGCGCUCUUCUUCCUCCCGAUCCUGCUGCAAUAGAGUCGCUGAUGACAAGGAAGAAUGAAUCCAUAAAACAAGUACAUGAAUGGGAGCAGGAAGCUUGGAACAAACAGAAGAUGACAACAUAGCAGUUCUGCUGUUUGAUGUAUCACAAAAUGAGACAUUAACUAAAGUGGCCUACAGUAUAGGACAAGUAGAUGAGAAAUCAAAACAAAUUUCCUGUAUGGGGGGGAGAGAGAGAGAGUAGCGCCAGAAUGUGGAAAGGAGGUUGGUGUAUCCUUGCAUUUUGGGUGGAAUGUUCGUUAUAGCUUAAAUGGCAUUUAAUGAGCAUAACCAUCAUAAUUCAUUGGCAGACAACGGCUAUCACUUUAUCAUUUAAUCACUGAAGCUGCUUGUCAGGUGAGUUAGAGGAUUAUGACCAUUGUCAGGAAAGGAGUUGAAAGCACCAUCCUACUCCCUUAACUCUGGUAAAGAAUGGGAUACCUUAAUUUUAAAGCGCACUGCACUCCAUAUGACAAAAGAUCAUGGCGUCCAUGGAAAUCGAAAGGACGCUUCAUCUCUCCUUGGACACAUCACUGGACCUACUUUGAGGGAAGUGAAGAUAGGAGAAGUAGGUAUACAAAGUGUUUAGUGACUGGAUGACCAGAAAACUUGUAUUAUUUACUGCUCUUAUGAUUGCAACAACAUCUCUGAAUUUUUUUUCA